AUGCAGACGUACAUUAUAGCUAUCAUACUAUGGUGUAGCGGGGUGUACGCUAAAAAUGAAAUUUACGAUGGGCAUAUACUAUAUGAGAUAACAGUACAGAAUGUAGAACAAACACGGCUUGUGACGGAAUUAGAAGAAUUAUUACACGUGAGCGUCUUCACUCACGCUGUGCCAGGAAGAUCGGGUCAGGUUCUAGUAUCCAAGGAGAGACGAGGGCACUUCGAAACUAAACUCUCUGCAGAGGGGAUAGAAUACAAAGUAAUCGUCGAAAAUAUUAAAGAUGUGAUAGAUCUCGAAGAGCGACUGCUGACAGAAGCUACCAGCAGAAGUAAUAACAGAACUAGAAAUGGGGGAGUAACGUUUGACAGAAUAUAUACAUAUGAAGAGAUCGACGCUUACCUUGAAGAACUGCAGACAUUGUAUCCUGAAACUGUAACUCUUGUGAACGCGGGCAAUAGUGUUGAAGGUCGAGCUAUAAAAUAUAUAAGAGUAUCAACAACCAAUUUUCAGGAUUCAAGCAAACCCGUCGUGUUCAUAGAAUCUCUUCUCCACGCCAGAGAAUGGAUCACUCUACCAGCCACCUUAUAUGCCAUCCACAGGCUGGUUAUAGACGUGACGGAGGAAGACUUGCUGCAGGAUAUCGACUGGAUCAUACUCCCUAUUGUCAAUCCUGAUGGCUAUGUGUUUACACAUGUCGAGAACCGAUUCUGGCGGAAAAACAGAGCACCAAGCACAUUGUGCCCAGGAGUCGACCUGAACAGAAACUUCGACAUCAACUGGGGCGAAGCGUCCAGCAACAUCGCUUGCAUGGAGACCUUCCACGGCCCAGAACCUUUCUCUGAACCUGAGACCUCCAUCGUCAGGGACAUUAAACUGGCACAUAGCAACCGUCUCGAACUCUUCCUGGACAUCCACAGUUUUGGAAGCAUGAUCCUUUACGGUUAUGGCAACGGUACAUUGCCAUCCAAUGGCCUAAUAUUACAUCUAGUUGGUGUUGAAAUGGCAACAGCUAUUAAUGCUGUCAAAGCUAGCUUCAACCCAGAUUACAUCGUCGGUAACGUAGCAUUAGUGUUGUAUCAGGCAUCAGGAAGUGCUCAGGAUUACGCUCAAGCUAUCGGUUCCCUGUCGUAUACGUAUGAGUUACCAGGGUACAGAUUUGGUAUUGGAGGCCUUGGAUUCCUGGUCGACCCUGAUUUUAUAGAACAGGCUGGAAUGGAGACGUGGGAAGGUAUUAAAGUUGGUGCCAGAUACGCUCGUGAUAACUACAGACAUAAGCAUAAAUCAGGAUUAACAUUCUCAGCAAUGAUAAUAUCUCACGUAAUAAUAAUAUCUCACGACGAAUUCAAACCUGAUAAAUUCACAUGGAAUUUAUCAGAAUGUUUUACAUGA